AUGAGGUUGGAAGAAAUGAAAAGAUUGCAGAAUUCUUUAACACAAGAUGAAAGGGGGAAUGGUCCAAUGGCAGCGGCACCCCUGGGGAUGGAUGAGAUCUUCUCCACAACUUUCCAUCACCAGCUGGCCAUGGAUGUGGAAAAUAACAUUGAAAAAUGUCACCUCAAUCUACAGCCCUUGGAAUCAAAGGUGAAAAUCAUUCAGCGUGCGUGGCGCAAGCACCUGCAGCGGCGGGACCCCCUGGAGAAGAGGAGCCCGUCCCCGCCCUCCGUGUCCUCAGACAAGCUGAGCAGCUCCGUCAGCAUGAACACCUUCUCGGACAGCAGCACGCCCGUGAGUGCCCCGCUUCCUUUUCAUGACCUGCCUGGCCCAUUGCCGGGCACCGGGACUCUGGCUCUAGGGGAGCAGGUGGUUUGCGAUAGGAUUGAUGGUGCUUAUUUGCUGACAGUGACUCUGCUCCACUUUGACCAGCCUGCCAGACCCACAGGGUUGAUAGAUACUCUCAGGAAUCCCCAGACAGGAAGACUUGGUUUUACCUCUCUCUGA